UUAACCCCCGCUCCUCCACCGCUUCCCCUUUCUGCAGCCUUAUGCAACACAGCGAUCUGGUUUGGGGUUUGGAUUCCUGUCCAUGCAGGCGCUGGGCUUCACUCGUCCAGAGGCGGCCCACAGUACUUUUCUCCACAGUUUCAGAGAUUUAAGAGAUAAUCAAUGGGGACCGUCCCAGUAGUUUCCCUUCUGCUUCUGGUGGUGAGUGUGUCCCUCCUGACCUGUCCCAGCGUCCAUGGCGGGAAGAUUCUGGUGUUCCCUGUGGAUGGCAGCCACUGGCUCAACAUGGACCUGAUGAUCAAGAGCCUCCAUGCCCGGGGCCAUGAGGUCACCGUGGUUCGCACAGCCACCAGCUGGUACAUCAAAGAAAACGCACCACAUUACCGCUCCAUGACCAUCACCUUACCAGGGGCCAUCAGCAUCGAGGAGCAGGACUUCUUUGUGACCUUCCUUGUCAAGAUGCUGGCGAUUAAGAAAGAUGGGGGGUCUCUCAUGGGCUUUGUGAACUUCUACUGGGAAAUGCUCACUUCGCUGUCAAACAUUCACCACCAGGCCAGCCUGUUGGGGGUAGAAAUAUUUGAGAACAAGACUCUAAUGCGGAGUAUUCGUGACACUCAGUUUGACAUGGUUCUUGUGGAUCCAGGAUUGCCUGUGGGAGUUGUGGUGGCUCAUGAACUUAAGCUGCCAACAGUAUUUAACGUGAGAUGGAUCACCAGUGGAGAAGGGCAUUUUGUGAUAGCUCCAUCUCCAACAUCCUAUGUUCCAACUUCAGGAAAUGCCAUGUCAGAUAAGAUGACCUUUCAGCAAAGGGUCAAGAACACCUUAUACUAUGUCCUCAACACAUGCAUUGACAAGUUUGUAGUAUGCCCUCACUAUGAUAGACUGGUAGACAGGUACUUUGGUCCAGAUGUGAAAUUCUAUCACCUUCUACAAGGAGCUGACAUCUGGCUCAUGAGAGUCGACUUCGUCUUUGAGUUCCCCAGACCCACCAUGCCAAAUGUCGUCUACAUUGGAGGUUUUCAGAGUAAGCCCUCUGAGCCUUUAUCAUCAGAGCUGGAGGAGUUUGUCCAAAGUUCGGGAGAGCAUGGAUUCAUCCUGAUGUCUCUUGGUUCACUGGUCAAAGGCCUACCUACAGAAAUCACUUCUGAAAUUGCUGCUGCCUUUGCCCAAAUACCUCAAAAGGUCAUAUGGAGGCAUGCCGGUGAGCGCCCCAACAAUCUGGGCAACAACACGCUGCUGCUAAAGUGGAUGCCCCAGAAUGACCUCCUCGGUCACCCAAAGAUUAAAGCCUUUGUGGCUCAUGGGGGUACAAACGGGAUCUAUGAGGCCAUCUACCACAGUGUGCCGAUAAUAGGCAUACCCCUUCUGUUUGACCAGUUUGAGAACAUUUUGAGAUUGGAGGUGCGAGGAGCUGCUAAGGCGCUGGAUGCAACCAGAAUCACCCGCCAGAACUUUCUUGAAGCAAUACAAGAAGUUCUUCAGGAUCCGUCCUACAGAAACAAUAUGCAGCGUCUCUCUGCUCUCCAUCGGGAUAAACCAAUGCAUCCUCUGGAAACGGCCCUUUACUGGAUUGAGUUUGUUAUGAGGCACAAAGGAGCUUCACAUUUACGCACUGAGUCUUAUAAGAUGCCCUGGUAUGCCUACUAUUCUAUAGAUGUUAUAUGCUUUUUGAUAGCAGUCCUGUUGAUGCUGAUGGCCAUUGUGGUGGGAUCAAUACGAUUCCUUUGCUGUAGACUCUGCAGGAGAAGAAAGCCAAAGCAGGAGUAGUUCCUGACUCCUCACAUCUGAUUCGUGCUCUUUAGAAUGAAGAAGUCAUCUUUAAGGAGGGAGCUGACAGUAGUGUCCAUUCAUGGCCACGCAAACAGUUCAGUCAGUGUUGUUCAACAGUUCAGUCCACCACUUUGGUUCAGGCUGAAAUUACUCAAUGAUUGUUGGAUGGAUGUCCAAGAAAUUUUCAUGCAGCCCCCCCAAAACACACACAUCAGAUCUACUAAAUUUCAGUUAAAGUUGAAUUCAACAUGCUGUAGAAAACCACUCUUAUCUGCCUUGUUUUAGGUUUUUAUAAGGACAACAUUUCAUAAAUGAAUGCUACAACUUUACACUGUGAAUCAUGGCUUGAAAAAAGAAAAUGCAGAUUGUUAAAUCUGUUCUGAUCAAAUCUAUACCGAAAUUAAUAAAAACGUAAGA